AUGAAAGUAUUAUUCAUCACAAUCAUUCUCCUGCUCGGGUUACAUAUGGGAGAUGCGAUUCCAUCGAACCGCUGGUCCUGCUACAAAAAGAUCAUAAAGGAUAGAAACUGCCAUGACACUGGACGAGAGAGGAUGAGACCCAUCGACUCGCUACAAAACCAUUACUGGGAGGGCAAUGAGUGUGACAUGGUGUGUUACUGUAACCUCCUGGAGCUGUUGUGUUGCCCCAGGGCCGUCUUCUUCGGGUCGAAAAUCUCCUUUCUGAUCCCAUGCAAUACAUCUGAAACUGGACUCUGA